ACGAGUGUCUGCCGAAGUAUAAAAUGACAAGUAGGCGUGUGAGAUAUGCUGCAGCUCUUGUAAUUGUAAUGAAAAACGUGAAAAAGAAAAAGAGAAGUAUUUGGGUUAGAGAAUGGAUAAUGAGAAGAUCGCAAUAUGGUGCCUAUAAUAACCUUUUGCAAGAACUUAGUAUCGAGAGCAUGGAUACGUUUGAAAACUUUUGCAGAAUGUCCUCAAAUGAUCUGGAGUGUUUGUUGACAUUAAUAGCGCCCGUCAUAUCAAAACGAGACACAAAGUUCCGUACUGCUAUUUCAGCAAAGGAACGUUUGCUUGUCACUCUACGAUUUAUAGCUACAGGAGACUCAUACAAGUCCCUGAUGUACUUGUUUCGUAUUCCGGUCAGCACGAUUUCUCUGAUCGUACCUGACGUAUGUAGAGCCAUUUUUGACGUAUUGAAAAGGGAAAAUUAUUUGAAGACUCCUGAAACAACAAGCGAGUGGAUGCAGGUGGCAAAGGGGUUUGAAGAGAACUGGAACUUUCCACACUGCAUUGGGGCAUUGGAUGGGAAGCAUAUUGUGAUGCAAGCUCCAAAAGACAGUGGAAGCUAUUAUUAUAAUUAUAAACAUUGCCACAGUGUUGUAUUAUUGGCACUUGUAGAUGCCAGUUACAAGUUGUUAUACAUGGAUGUAGGCUGCAAUGGAAGAGUUUCAGAUGGUGGUGUAUUCAGUACCUGUUUCUUAUCUUCAGCGUUGGAGCAAGGACAUCUUGACAUUCCUCUGCCCAAACCACUUCCUGGCAGAGAAAAGGACACCCCCUAUGUAAUCAUUGCAGAUGAUGCAUUUCCAAUGAGGUCAUAUUUAAUGAAGCCCUAUCCAUUCCAUAACCAGCCGGGUCCGAACAGAGUGUUUAAUUACAGGUUAUCGAGGGCCAGAAGAGUUGUGGAAAAUUUUUUUGGACACAUUGCACAACGGUUUAGGAUAUUGAGGCGUCCAUUGUUAUUAGGUCCUGAAAAAACUGUGACAAUAGUUUCAGCUAUAUGUGCUCUACACAAUUUCUUAAUGGACAGGAAAGAUGGCAGUUAUGCAAACCGAAGUAAUUUUGAUGUAGAGGAUGUACAGAAUGGUGAGGUAAUAGGGGCCUCAUGGAGGAAUGAAGAGCAAGGAACACACAAUUUAAUCCCCAUUCAAACAGGGCAAUGUAACAGAAAUUCUCACGAUACUAGAGCAAUUCGUGAAGAAUUCAUGAAUUACUUUGUAUCGCCAUUAGGUGAAGUACCUUGGCAGUACAGAUACAUUUAA